AUGGCUUCUCUAUCAUGUCUGGUCGCCUCUUUCGGCAUAUUAGUAGCAGUGUGCAAUGGCCAAGCCAUCCAGACGGUGGGCACAGUCAACAGCAGUGCUCCAAUGGUCGACCUGGGCUAUGUAAAGUAUCAAGGCUAUAGUAAUGCGACUGCUGGCAUCAACUAUUUCCGUGGUAUCCAAUACGCAGCCAACCCAACAGGAUCACUGAGAUGGCAGAAGCCCCGUCCAAUCGAAGCAAACAACAACUUCGACAGUAGAAAGGUCUACAACGCCACCCAGAUAGCCCCAGCAUGUUACCAGUCCCAGCCAUACUCCGUUUAUGUCGACCCGACGGACCCGACGGCCUUCAUCCACACACCACAAGGUCAAUCCGAGAACUGCUUAAUCCUAGACGUCCUUGCUCCAAGCCAUCCCGUCUCGAACCGUCUGCCCGUCAUGGUACAGAUCCAUGGCGGAGGCUACACUCAAGGUAAUGCCCAGAGCUAUCCAGGAGAUGCUAUGGUCAACGCUUCGAAUGGCAACAUGAUUUACAUCUCCAUCCAGUAUCGACUCGGCUUGUUGGGCUUCUUGGCUGGAGGAGAGACCAUGCAAAACGGAGUCGCGAAUGCUGGAUUGCUUGAUCAGCGAGCUGCAUUAGACUGGGUCCAACGCAACGCGUACGCUUUCGGUGGCGACCCUACAAGGGUUGUUUUAUGGGGUGGCUCAGCUGGAGGCGGAAGUGUUACUACUCAGCUUAUUGCUGGUGGUGCUUAUGAUGAGCCUCCGUUCAGCGCCGCUAUUGCCGAAUAUCCAUGGUGGCAACCAUUCCUGAACUCUUCUCAACAGGACAAGCAAUUCGACACCACUUUGACGCUCUCCAACUGCUCAAGUCUCGCUUGUCUGCGAUCACUGCCUGGUAGCACAGUAGCUACGCUGAGCCAAGCCGUCGAAAAUUCGUCGUAUCCCACUGGUGGAGACGGCUUCGGCGUCUACUAUUGGGGUCCUGUGGUCGACUACAAAUUCAUCAAAGAGCUCCCAAGCAUCGCAUUCAGUCUAGGUCACUUCUACGAUGUCCCACUCUUGGUCGAUCGCGAAGCAUAUGAGGGCUAUAUCUUCAGCAAUCAGUCGCUCAUGACGCAAAUGGCAGAGACCACGGAUGCAGAGUACCUCUUCCCAUUCGCUGGUCCCGCAUUCUUCUCUCGUCUUUAUCAGCUCUACCCUAUGUCAGACUUCAACUCUACUUUCUACCAGCGACAGACGUGGUUCGGAGACUUCAUCAUUGAUUGCCCAACCUAUCAGAUGGCAACGAACGCCGUAGACAGGAAUGCCAACAGUUCAGCAGUCUUCAAGCUCACAUUUGCAGCUGGUAGCGAGCUGCACGGCUCAACCAGUGCUUUCCUGGCAUCCGCUACGACUGGCUUCCCGCAAGCCAACAACCACACUCUUGCCGAGAUCAUGACUUCAUAUUGGAUCUCGUUCGCUGUCACCCACGAUCCCAACCCUAUGCGAGCCAGCAACGCUCCGUACUGGCCCAGUUACAUCAGUAAUGGCGCUGGAAGUGCUGCCAAUGGCCAGUCCGUUGGCUUUGAUACUCUGGCUGUAACGUAUACUACCAUCGGGCCAGCGGCAGAUCCAGAUGCUUCGGCUAAGUGUGACUUCUUUGGCUAUCAGCAGUUCAAGGUCAUGAACUAG